AUGCCAUCCUCCAAGGGAAAGCCCACGGACCCCAAGCUGCGCGAGCAAGCCAAGAAGGAGGUGAUGAACAUGGAGAAGGGUGGUGGCAAGGGCAACUGGUCUGCCUACAAGGCGGCCGAGAUGGCCAAAGUCUACGAAGCCAAGGGUGGUGACUACACGGACUCGGGUGACAACCCAAACGAGGCCAAAAAGGGCAACCCUUCUCCCAAGAAGAGCGCUAUCGAGAGCGGCGAGCGCAAGGACCCCUCUGCCGCCGUUGGCACGCCCAAGACCGCCAAGAGAAAGUCGGAUGCCAAGGAGGAGACCAAGGAAGAGGCAAAGGAGAAGCCUAAGAAGGCAAAGACGGCAACUAAGAAGGAGACCAAGCCGGCCACCAAGGGCACACGAACGCAGCCCAAGCGCGGCGUCAAGAAGUGA